GAAACUUCAGAGGAUCUGGGAAAGAACAUCUUACCGCCUGCAAGCACAGAGCACAGUGGAGAUUCGAAGCCCUCUUCCGUAGACGCCAGCUGCGUGAGGGAAGACUCAGGCUUCCUGUGCUGGAAGAAAGGGUGCAACCAGGUUUUCAAAACCUCCGCCGCCCUUCAGACCCAUUUCAACGAGGUGCACGCCAAGAGGCCCCAGCUGCCCGUGUCAGACCGCCACGUGUACAAGUACCGCUGCAAUCAGUGCAGCCUGGCUUUCAAGACCGUUGAAAAGCUGCAGCUCCAUUCUCAGUACCACGUGAUCCGAGCCGCCACCAUGUGCUGCCUGUGCCAGCGCAGUUUCCGGACUUUCCAGGCUCUGAAAAAACACCUGGAGACAAGCCACCUGGAGUUGAGCGAGGCCGACAUCCAGCAGCUUUACGGGGGGCUCCUAGCCAACGGGGACCUCCUGGCGAUGGGGGACCCCACGCUGGCCGAAGACCACACCAUAAUUGUCGAAGAAGACAAGGAGGAGGAGAGUGACCUGGAAGAUAAGCAGAGCCCCACGGGCAGCGACUCCGGGUCGGUGCAGGAAGACUCGGGCUCAGAGCCAAAAAGAGCGCUGCCCUUCAGGAAGGGCCCCAACUUCACCAUGGAGAAGUUUCUGGAUCCCUCUCGCCCUUACAAGUGCACCGUCUGCAAGGAAUCCUUCACGCAGAAGAACAUCCUGCUGGUGCACUACAACUCCGUCUCGCACCUGCAUAAGUUAAAGAGGGCCCUCCAGGAGUCGGCCACGGGCCAGCCCGAGCCCACCAGCAGCCCGGACAACAAGCCAUUCAAGUGUAACACCUGCAACGUGGCCUACAGCCAGAGCUCCACCCUGGAGAUCCACAUGAGGUCGGUGCUGCACCAGACCAAGGCCCGGGCAGCCAAGCUGGAAGCCGCGAGCGGCGGCGGCAGCAGCAACGGGACCGGGAGCAACGGCGGCGGUGUGUCCCUCAGCUCCUCGACCCCGAGCCCCGUGAGCACCAGCGGCGCCAACACCUUUACCACCACCAACCCGAGCGGUGCUGCCGUGGCCCCGAGCUCCAACCUGCUGAGCCAGGUGCCCACGGAGAGCGUGGUGAUGCCGCCGCUGGGGACUCCCAUCGGCGCCAACCUCGCUUCCCCCGCGGAGCCCAAGGAGGCCAACCGGAAGAAGUUAGCAGAUAUGAUCGCAUCCAGGCAGCAGCAGCAGCAGCAGCAACAGCAGCAACAGCAGCAACAGCAGCAGCAGCAGCAAGCGCAGACGCUGGCCCAGGCCCAGGCCCAGGUCCAGGCCCACUUGCAGCAGGAGCUGCAGCAGCAGGCGGCCCUGAUCCAGUCCCAGCUGUUCAACCCCACUCUGCUCCCCCACUUCCCCAUGACCACCGAGACCCUGCUCCAGCUGCAGCAACAGCAGCACCUCCUCUUCCCCUUCUACAUCCCCAGUGCCGAGUUCCAGCUCAACCCCGAGGUGAGCUUGCCGGUGACCAGCGGGGCGCUGACGCUGACGGGGUCAGGCCCGGGCCUGCUGGAGGAUCUCAAAGCCCAGGUCCAGAUCCCACAGCAGAGCCACCAGCAGAUCCUGCAGCAGCAGCCGCAGCCGCAGCCGCCGCCUCAGCUCUCUCUUCCCCAGAGUCACUCAGCCCUCCUCCAGACGAGCGCGCACCCCGAGAAGAAGAACAAACUGGUCGUCAAAGAAAAGGAGAAGGAAGGCCAGCGAGAGCGGGAGGGGCCGGAGGGGCCGGAAGGGACCACGGGACCAAAGGAAUCACUGCCGGAUGCCUUGAAGGCCAAAGAGAAGAAAGAGUUGGCACCGGGGGGUGGUUCUGAGGGCUCCAUGCUGCCUCCGCGCAUCGCUUCGGACGCCCGAGGGAACGCGACCAAGGCCUUGCUGGAGAACUUCGGCUUCGAGCUGGUCAUCCAGUACAACGAGAACAAGCAGAAGGUCCAGAAGAAGAACGGCAGGACGGAGCAGGGCGAGAGCCCGGAGAAGCUGGAGUGCGACUCGUGCGGCAAGCUCUUCUCCAACAUCCUGAUCCUCAAGAGCCACCAGGAACACGUGCACCAGAACUACUUCCCCUUCCAGCAGCUGGAGAGGUUCGCCAAGCGGUACCGGGAGCACUACGACAAGCUGUACCCGCUGAGGCCGCAGACCCCGGAGCCGCCACCACCCCCGCCACCGCCACCGCCGCCACCGCUCCCCGCCGCGCCCCCCCAGCCGGCCCCCACGCCGGCCAUCCCCGCCUCGGCCCCGCCCAUCACGUCGCCCACCAUCGCCCCGGCGCAGCCCUCCGUGCCCCUCACCCAGCUCUCCAUGCCCAUGGAGCUGCCCAUCUUCUCGCCGCUCAUGAUGCAGACGCUGCCCCUGCAGACCCUGCCUGCCCAGCUGCCCCCGCAGCUGGGCCCCGUGGAGCCCCUGCCCGCCGACCUGGCGCAGCUGUACCAGCACCAGCUCAACCCGACCCUGCUCCAGCAGCAGAACAAGAGGCCCCGCACCAGGAUCACGGACGACCAGCUCCGCGUGCUGCGCCAGUACUUCGACAUCAACAACUCGCCCAGCGAGGAGCAGAUCAAGGAGAUGGCGGACAAGUCGGGCCUGCCGCAGAAGGUGAUCAAGCACUGGUUCAGGAACACCCUCUUCAAGGAGCGCCAGCGCAACAAGGACUCCCCGUACAACUUCAGCAACCCUCCCAUCACCAGCCUGGAGGAGCUCAAGAUCGACUCCCGGCCGCCAUCGCCAGAGCCGCAGAAGCAGGAGUACUGGGGGAGCAAGAGGUCGUCGAGGACCAGGUUCACCGACUACCAGCUCAGAGUCCUCCAGGACUUCUUCGACGCCAACGCUUACCCAAAGGACGACGAAUUCGAGCAGCUUUCUAACUUGCUGAACCUGCCAACGCGGGUCAUAGUGGUGUGGUUCCAAAACGCCCGGCAGAAGGCCAGGAAAAACUACGAGAACCAGGGCGAGGGCAAGGACGGGGAGCGGCGCGAGCUCACGAACGAUAGGUACAUUCGGACGAGCAACCUCAACUACCAGUGCAAAAAGUGCAGCCUCGUGUUCCAGCGCAUCUUCGAUCUCAUCAAACACCAGAAGAAGCUGUGCUACAAGGACGAGGACGAGGAGGGGCAGGACGACAGCCAGAACGAGGACUCCAUGGAUGCCAUGGAGAUCCUCACCCCCACCAGCUCCUCCUGCAGCACCCCCAUGCCCUCCCAGGCCUACAGCACGCCGGCGCCAGCGGCCGCUGCAGCGCCCUCCGCGUUCCUGCAGCUCUCGGCGGAGGCCGACGACCUGGCCGCCUUCAGCUCGAAAGCAGAGGCCGGCAGCGACGAGAAGCCAAAGCAGGCCGACCCCCCCAGCGCGCAGCCGAACCAGACCCAGGAGAAGCAAGGACAGCCAAAGCCGGAGGCGCAGCAGCCAGAGCAGCCGGAGCCGAAGACCAACGCGCCGCAGCCCAAGCUCCCCCAGCUGGCCGCCCCCUCCCUGCCGCAGCCGCCUCCGCAGGCGCCCCCUCCGCAGUGUCCCCUCCCCCAGUCGAGCCCCAGCCCUUCUCAGCUCUCCCACCUGCCCCUCAAGCCCCUGCACACGUCUACCCCUCAGCAGCUGGCCAACCUACCUCCUCAGCUGAUCCCCUACCAGUGUGACCAGUGCAAGCUGGCGUUCCCGUCCUUCGAGCACUGGCAGGAGCACCAGCAGCUCCACUUCCUGAGCGCGCAGAACCAGUUCAUCCACCCCCAGUUUCUGGACAGGUCGCUGGAUAUGCCUUUCAUGCUGUUCGACCCCAGCAACCCGCUCCUGGCCAGCCAGCUGCUGUCGGGGGCCAUCCCUCAGAUCCCGGCGAGCUCCGCCACCUCCCCCUCCACGCCCACCUCCACCAUGAACACGCUCAAGAGGAAGCUGGAGGAGAAGGCCAGCGCCAGCCCCGGCGAAAACGACAGCGGGACCGGGGGAGAGGAGCCGCAGAGGGACAAGCGCCUGAGGACCACCAUCACCCCGGAACAGCUGGAGAUCCUCUACCAGAAGUACCUGCUGGACUCCAACCCGACCCGGAAGAUGCUGGACCACAUCGCGCACGAGGUGGGCCUCAAGAAGCGCGUGGUGCAGGUGUGGUUUCAGAACACGCGAGCUCGGGAAAGGAAAGGCCAGUUCCGGGCCGUGGGCCCCGCGCAGGCGCACCGGAGAUGCCCUUUCUGCCGGGCGCUGUUCAAGGCCAAGACGGCCCUCGAGGCGCACAUCCGGUCUCGGCACUGGCACGAAGCCAAGAGGGCCGGCUACAACCUGACUCUGUCCGCCAUGCUCUUGGACUGUGACGGGGGGCUCCAGAUGAAGGGGGACAUCUUCGACGGAACGAGCUUUUCCCACCUGCCCCCAAGCGGUGGUGACGGCCAGAGCGUGCCCCUGUCGCCGGUGAGCAAGACCAUGGAGCUGUCCCCCAGGACCCUCCUCAGCCCUUCCUCCAUCAAGGUGGAGGGGAUCGAAGACUUCGAGAGCCCCUCCAUGUCCUCGGUGAAUCUGAACUUCGACCAGACGAAGCUGGACAACGACGACUGUUCCUCGGUCAACACCGCCAUCACCGACACCACGACGGGGGACGAGGGCAACGCCGAUAACGACAGCGCCACGGGGAUAGCGACCGAAACCAAAUCUUCUGCGCCUAACGAGGGGCUGACCAAAGCAGCCAUGAUGGCCAUGUCCGAGUAUGAAGACCGACUGUCGUCUGGUCUGGUCAGCCCCGCCCCGAGCUUUUACAGCAAGGAGUACGACAAUGAAGGUACAGUGGACUACAGCGAGACCUCAAGCCUCGCAGACCCCUGCUCCCCCAGCCCUGGGGCCAGCGGGUCUGCCGGCAAGUCCGGUGACAACGGGGAUCGCCCCGGGCAGAAGCGUUUCCGCACCCAGAUGACCAAUCUGCAGCUGAAGGUCCUCAAGUCAUGCUUUAAUGACUAUAGGACACCCACUAUGCUAGAGUGUGAGGUCCUGGGCAAUGACAUCGGACUGCCAAAGAGAGUUGUUCAGGUCUGGUUCCAGAAUGCCCGGGCAAAAGAGAAGAAGUCCAAGCUAAGCAUGGCCAAGCAUUUUGGUAUAAACCAAACGAGUUACGAGGGACCCAAAACAGAGUGCACUUUGUGUGGUGUCAAGUACAGCGCGCGGCUGUCUGUACGUGACCAUAUCUUUUCCCAACAGCAUAUCUCCAAAGUCAAGGACACCAUUGGAAGCCAGCUGGACAAGGAGAAAGAAUAUUUUGACCCAGCCACUGUCCGUCAGUUGAUGGCUCAGCAGGAGCUGGACCGGAUUAAAAAGGCGAACGAGGUCCUUGGACUGGCAGCCCAGCAGCAAGGGAUGUUUGACAACGCGCCCCUCCAGGCUCUUAACCUUCCCACCACGUAUCCCGCGCUCCAGGGCAUUCCUCCCGUGUUGCUCCCCGGCCUCAACAGCCCCUCCCUGCCAGGCUUCACUCCAUCCAACACAGCUUUAACGUCUCCUAAACCGAACCUGAUGGGUCUGCCCAGCACAACAGUUCCUUCCCCUGGCCUCCCCACGUCUGGAUUACCAAAUAAACCGUCCUCGGCCUCGCUGAGUUCCCCGACCCCAGCACAAGCCACCAUGGCGAUGGCCCCUCAGCAACCCCCACAAGCCCAGCAGCCGCAGCCGCCGCCAGCAGCCCAGCCGAUACCCACCCCGCAGCUCCCCCUGCAGCAGCCGCGCAAGGACAAAGAUGGCGAGAAAGGAAAGGAGAAGGAGAAGGCGCACAAAGGGAAAGGGGACCCCCUGCCCGUCCCCAAGAAGGAGAAAGGGGAGGCCCCGACAGCGGCCACGGCCACCAUCUCGGCCCCGCUGCCCGCCAUGGAGUACGCGGUGGACCCAGCUCAGCUGCAGGCCCUGCAGGCGGCCCUGACUUCAGACCCCACCGCCCUGCUCACGAGCCAGUUCCUCCCCUACUUCGUGCCAGGCUUUUCUCCUUACUAUGCCCCCCAGAUCCCCGGCGCCCUGCAGAGCGGGUACCUGCAGCCUAUGUACGGCAUGGAAGGCCUGUUCCCCUACAGCCCUGCCCUGUCGCAGGCCCUGAUGGGGCUGUCUCCAGGUUCACUACUGCAGCAGUACCAGCAAUACCAGCAGAGCCUGCAGGAGGCUAUUCAGCAGCAGCAGCAGCAGCAGCGGCAACUACAGCAGCAGCAGCAGCAAAAAGUGCAGCAGCAGCAGCAGCCCAAAGCAAGCCAAACCCCAGUCCCCCCGGGGGCUGCCUCCCCAGACAAAGACCCUGCCAAAGAAUCCCCCAAACCAGAAGAGCAGAAAAACGUCCCCCGCGAGGUGUCCCCCCUCCUGCCGAAACCCCCCGAAGAGCCAGAAGCAGAAAGCAAAAGUGCGGACUCCCUCUGUGACCCCUUCAUUGUCCCAAAGGUGCAGUACAAGUUGGUCUGCCGCAAGUGCCAGGCGGGCUUCGGCGACGAGGAGGCGGCGAGGAGCCACCUGAAGUCCCUCUGCUUCUUCGGCCAGUCUGUGGUGAACCUGCAAGAGAUGGUGCUCCACGUGCCCGCCGGCGGCGCUGGCGGCGGCGGCGGCGGCGGCGGCUCGUUCCACUGCCUGGCGUGCGAGAGCGCGCUCUGCGGGGAGGAAGCGCUGAGUCAGCAUCUCGAGUCGGCCUUGCACAAACACAGAACAAUCACGAGAGCAGCAAGAAACGCCAAAGAGCACCCUAGUUUAUUACCUCACUCCGCCUGCUUCCCCGAUCCCAGCACCGCAUCUACCUCGCAGUCUGCCGCUCACUCAAACGACAGCCCCCCUCCCCCGUCGGCCACCCCGUCCUCCUCGUCCGCUUCCCCCCACGCCCCCAGGAAGGCCUGGCCGCCAGUGGGCUCCCGGGCCUCGGCCGCGAAGCCCCCUUCUUUCCCCCCUCUCUCCUCAUCUUCAACGGUUACCUCAAGUUCAUGCAGCACCUCAGGGGUUCAGCCCUCGAUGCCAACAGACGACUAUUCGGAGGAGUCUGACACGGAUCUCAGCCAAAAGUCCGAAGGACCGGCGAGCCCGGUAGAGGGUCCCAAAGACCCCAGCUGCCCCAAGGACAGUGGUCUGACCAGUGUAGGAACGGACACCUUCAGAUUGUAAGCUUUGAAGAUGAACAGUUACAAAUGAAUUUAAAUUAAAAAAAAAAAUUAAUAACAAACCAAUUUCAAAAAAAAAAAAAUAGACUAACUGCAAUUCCAAAGCUUCUAACCAAAAAAACAAAAAAACAAAAAAACAAAAAACAAAAAAAAAGGAAAAAAAAAAAAGAAAAAGCGUGGGUUGUUUUCCCAUAUACCUAUCUAUGCCGGUGAUUUUACAUUCUUGUCUUUUUUUUUUUUUUUUUCUUUUAAUAUAUAUAAAAAAAAGAAAAGAAAGAAAACACAAACCCUCACCCUAUUACAUUGUGCCCUUUUAAAGGUACUAUUGGUCUGGGAACCUGAAGUCCGCAGGGCCUGCCUAUUGUUGUUGGAGCUUAUACCCUUGUAUAUUUGUACCCCUUUGAGAACUGCCCACCUUGAUAGCACAGAGAAGCCCAGCCCGGCAUGCACUGUAUGGGAAAGCACUCCACCUCGUUACCGUUUUCAAUUCCUUGCUAUCUUAGCAUUCAGAUACCAAUGGCUUGCUAAAAGAAAAAAGGAAAAAAAAAAAAAAAGAAAUGUAAUGUGUUUUUAUUCUCAGGUCAAUCGCUCACACUUUGUUCUGUUUUCAGAAUCAUUGUUUUAUAUGUUUGUUUUGUUUUGUUUUUCUCUUUCGUUCCAGAAAAGAUUUUUUUUUUGUUUUGUUUUGUUAAUUUAAAAAAUGGGCAGAAAGUAUUUCAAGAAAAACAAUGUGAACUGCUUUAGCUUUCUGGGGAUUUUUGAGAAUAGCUUUUCUGCUGAAGCCAAUUUCAAGGGGAAAAGUUAAGCACUCCCACUUUCAGAAGAAAGAAAAAAAAACCCACACACAAAGAGUGUUGAGGACUUGUAGCUUAAAAAAAAAAAGAGUUUUAAAAACUGACUUUCUGUAUUUAUGGUAGGUAUGACCAUUUUUGGUGUUGAGUAGAUUGCUGCAUUGGAAACGAGCUGAAGCAGUAGACUUAAACCCUUUGUGCAUUUAGCUUUUGUGUGGUCCAGCAGCAGCUCCUAAUUUGAUGUUGUCUUGUUCAUACCUAGUGGAUAGGUUGCAAUCUGUUGCUUCACCCAAGCUUCUAUUCCUUGUGUCCCUUAAUUCAACUUUGUCUCUCCCCCAACUCCCCCCAACUCCCAUCUUCUAAUCUCCCACUUAAAGUGGCUGCCUUCGUUUCUUGGAGGGUGGCUGUAGAACUAUUUUAUAAAAGCUAAAGAAAGCAUUUCAAGAGGAUUCUAGAGAUAAUCAGGAUCCUCACAGAUUAUUUUUGGUUGGGGAGUUGAGACUCUGGAAGGCAUUUAAUUCUAGUUACCUGUGUCUGGUAGCCCUGAGUAUUGACUAUUUUAUUUAUCCCUCCUUUGCUUUUUAUUUGUGCCCCUUCUCUUCCUCCUCCUCCUCCUUGUUCCUCUCUCUCUUCUCUGUCUCUCUCCUUCCCUCUCCCUCUCCUCUUGAUCUGUGGACACUUCAAAUAUUCUUUUCUUGAACUAAGACAUUCGUUUCAGUCUGUGUAAUUGGGGCUGUGUGCUUUUCUUUCUAAGACGUUUUUUGGAUAGAGAUUUGGUCUUGGUUUUUGUGUUUGUGUCUUUUCUUUCCUCUCUCAGAAAAAGAAAUUUCAUGCUUUAAAAAAAAAAAAAUCCAAAGACACACCCUUUCACUGCUGAUGCAGAAAAGGGGGAAAGGGUUCUUGUUACUUGAGAAUUUGUUUCUGAUUUAAACAAACAAGACUUAGUUUAAUAAAAGAAAGAAAGAGUAACACAAAAGAGUUCCCAGGUUGUCAGGCGCUUCUUCUGCACUCAGAGAGGCAGUCGUUAAUGACAAUUCCAGAUACCAAAAGACGCAUUUUUUUACUUCAAAGUUUUGUCCUUGUGUUAGGCAGUCUGAGCAGCGAGUGAUCCAGAAUGCAGCCAACAAAGCCAGAUAGCAAUGGAGAGAGAGAGAGAGAGAGAGAGAGAGAGAGAGAGAGAGAAAGGAAACACGUGCAUGAGGCACUCGUGUUUAUGUUAAUACUCACAUCCCUCCAUCACAACACAGUGCAACACACACCCUUUUUCAUCUUAAAAAAAAAAAAGGUCCGAAAUUUGAAAGGAAAACUUAGUGCUGCUAAAACUUAAGUUUUGAAGACACAUAGAUGCUUUGCUAUUUCACGUUCACAGCCAAACACCAACAGACACAAUGUCCCUUGUCCCCAAAGUGUGAUGAAGUCCCUCGCCCUCACUCUCUUCCUCAUGUUUCAAAGGGAACUUUGAAGACUGUGAAUCCAGGUUCUGCUGGCCACCUUCCAGGCUUCUCCCCCGAGCUGAAGCCACUCAUCAACUUUGCAAAAGACUGGAGCAUUCCACGAUCUGAAAAUUGUCAUUUUUCUUAUUCUUUUUUUUUUUUUCUUUUUUAGCCGGGACUAUUUUUAUGAAUUUGUUUUUAGUUAAAGAGUAGAUCCUGAACUGUUGUACAUAUUUCUAACUAGGCUGAUGCACAGUGCAAAUUCCUUUUUUUUUUUUUAAAUUUUUUUGAAAGUAGAAAUACUAAAAGAAUACCAUCUUAACUAUUCAUAUCAGUAUCCAGUUGUAGCAUAAGGUGUCAAAAACAAGUACGCAAAACACUUAACUGUUUUAAAUAGCUAUUUCCUUUUAACAAGAAUUCUUGUAUUUCUCCCUGUGUUUUGAGAUGAACACUUUUAAAUUUUAAAGUUGUACAGUUUUUUGUUUUCCAUUAUUUUAUCUUGUUUGUAACUCUAUGAAAUAUAUAUAUAUAUUUUUUGCCAUUUAACUGUUGUAUGUUACUGUGUCUGUAUCUAUAGAAAAAAAUGUUUGUUUUGGUUCUCUGUGUGAUACCAGUUAACAGUUUAACACUAGCUUUACCUGUCAAAUUCUGCUAGGUCUUCUCUGAAAACUGUUAUUUUUAAAACGAUAUUGCUUGGUAAUAGUGCAAUUUCUACCCUCCCCACCCCCCCAACCUCAAGUUUCUUUGUAACCCUGCCAGCCCUUGCCCAGUGAUUUUUGUUUGUUCUGUUUCAAGCUACUAUCAUCUUCCAUCUGUGAGGCAGAGUGGGCAUCGGUGUUUCACUGUACCAUGCCUUGACCUGUGGGUGUGUUUGGCAGCAGUAAGGCGGGCUGGGGUAGGACUGCUCAGCAUGCUUCUAACCCACCCGUGUUCCCCAAACGAGGUGAGUGACUAUUUCAGCCUGGAGUAGCUUUCCUCUCCGGUCGCGCCACCCACAUGUAUGUUCCGUCAAAGAAGAAACCCUCAGCACCAGCCCAGAAAUAGCAAAGCAGUCAGUGAUGGUGAAGACCGGAGGGCAGACAAGAGCCGGUCACGGCCGUGUGGCCACAGUGUGUGUCACAGCAGCACAGAGCCUGAGCUUACUUACUACAGCGCUCAGCUGUUUAAACGGAUCUCACUUGGGAGAGCUUACUCCUGUCUGCUGCUGGAACGGGUGGUUGAGUAGACCGUCUCAACUCACUUUUAAAAUUAGUCCGUAACUCUCAUUGGCACUUCUUUUUUUUAGCUGAGGGCAGGAAUUCCCCCCCCCAACCCCACCGCACCCCGUUCCUUCAUGCUGUGGCUCGAUGCUAGACACUACUUGGCAUACAGCACCAGGAUACCUGUCAGAAUUGGAGUUAUUUCACGCGUCCUUUCUCCAUCCCUCCCUAAAGAAACGUAAGAAGGAACACACACGUACAGACACACGCUUACUGCAUCUUGGAAGUUUGUUUUUUGGUUUUUUUGUUUUGUUUUGUUUUUAAUAAUUAAAAGCUAUUUAAAAAAAGAUGAAUGUGGCCAAAGUUUUACACAAUUGAAAAUAAAGUAAAACAGGCGGCACGUGUUGAAACCUGAGUUUAUCAGGCAUGGCAGGAAGUUGCAGGAGAGAGGCAAUGACUCAAGCCAGUGCACUUGAUGUUCAUGGACAUAUAUUUUUUUUAAAUAAUAAAUUAAAUUAAAACAUUUUAAAUAGAAGCAUAAAAUUGAGUUGGUUGUUUGUUGGCGCUGAGAUACUGCCCACUGUGAAACAAAGCUUUGACUAGUUUUUGUUUUGUUUUGUUUGUUUACUUUCUUCAGGGGGGGAGGGGGGCCAGUUUGGGUAGGAAAGAAAGCAUAAAUGAACGUGACCCUGAGGUAAAGAGGUAUAUGAACAGCCUUUGCAAUGUACAAAAAACAACAACAAAAAAAACCUACAAAAAAAACAAACAAAAACAAAAAAAAAAAAAAACAACAAAAAAAUAGAGCAAGUGAAACCAAAAAUGAUGUUCUUGGUGUUUUUUCUAUAAUGUAGUCUUGUUAGCUUUUUUGUUACUGUAAACGAUGCUGAUCCCUGAACUGUACCAAAAUACAUGGAGACUAACAGAACCACAAGGAACUCUCAACCUGAAAAAGAAAUUUGUCACAAAAACUUUGUUGUCAUAGUUAAGUUGAUUGUAGAUGGUAAUUGAAUAUUACUCCUUUGAAAAUAUUUCAUCAAGUAUGUUUCCUGCUCAUUGUGAUACAUUAAAAAAAAUA